UUGUCAGCGGUCAGUUCGCCUUGGCGAACGCAUAUACACAUGCGGUCAUUGGUUCAUCAGUAUAUAAAUUCGAGUACCUGGAUGGGACUCUCAAGUUCAUCUGCAGGUACUGGGAACUGUCAGCUCAAUCGGUGCCAGGACGGACAUUAUUGCUCUUCCUCAGGUCCUGUUCGCAAUGGACAAUUAAAUUUCGUGUCUCUUAAAAGGAUUGCCAGACGUCUUCCAACUUACGUGGAUCUGUCUCUUCGUUGCCCAGACAAAUAUGACCGCCACUUGUACACUGUCUUCAUUUAACUGGACUCUCAACGCGGUCUCCCAGGAUCCAUGUACUGUGGCAUCCUCUUUGCUAGGCGUAUGCGACGGUGGAACGUACGAUAUCCAAUCUUUACCGGAUCAGAGUCACUAUCUUGGUCCAAGCAUCGACGGGGCUAAUCCCUGCCAAUGUAACACCGUGUCCUAUUCUCUCAUCAGUGCAUGUGCAGCUUGCCAGAAUCGAACGUAUGAGCAAUGGAGCCUAUGGCGUGUCAACUGUGCUUCGGUCGAUAUUGGAGGUUUUCCCGACCCGAUACCAGAAGGCACACACGUUCCUGGCUGGGCAUAUCUCGAUGUCACAAAGACUCAGGACACCUUUGACAUCAACCAAGCGAAGCAGAAUGCUAAUGCCACAGAGUCAACUUUCGUCCCACAACCUACCUCGACGACCGCAUCACCGGUGACCUCGUCUCCAGCGGCGACUUCCACUCAGGAAAGUCAUUCCAACCGCGACAAAGUUGUGGGUGGAAGUGUCGCAGGCGGUGUCGUCGGUCUUAUGGCGGUUGUUGGCUUGGUCGGUAUCUGGACGUACCGAAGACGUCAACGUCACAAGGCCCGUCGCGACGAAGAAACAGCAUCCGAGUCCAAGGACAAGGAUGACGUAGAGGAAGUGUCCGGGCUUCCUACUCUCCGGGUAAGCUGAGAGCGGUGUGGAUAAAUCAUGUUUUUAUCUCGUCUUCAUUAGAAGAAAACACCGCCGGGGCUUUGAGAUAGGCGGCAUUUUUUGUAUUAAUUGUCAGAAUGGGUGGUCCCUUAUACCCUAGUAGAGUCUCUGCAUUUGAGGUUUGUAGCUCAGUACAAUGUAAUUUUUUUUUCACUCGACGCGCUUACCGUGAUAUCGACAUCGUCCUU